CACAAGCAGGCAUGUUUCGCCAGCUGCUCAGGCUAUUUCGCAAGGAAAGUGGAGAUCAAGGAGAGACCACACCAAGGCAGAAGGAAGAUGACCUCCUCUCUAGUAAAACAGGAAGGAGGAAAUCAUUCUGGGGAAGGCUUGGAUUUGGUAGGAAGACAUCAUCCCAAAAUGUCAUCAGUGAGCAAGAGAAGUGUCGAAAGGAACUGGAGGAACUCAAACUUGAAAUCCAGAAGUGUAAAUUCGAGAGGGAUGAACUUUAUCAAAUCCUGGACCUUUAUAUCUAUGAUGAUUGGGACCUCAGGCUGGAUGUCGAAUUGCCAAUACUUCAAUCCGAACAUGAGAGGAGAAUGAUGUCUAUGCAAAUGAUGACCAACUCAAUAAGUGAUGCCAUGGAGAGGUACAAGGAGCUCAUACAAGCGAACAGUUCCUACCGCAUCAGGCACUCCCAGCUCCUGCGUGAACAAGCUCAAUUGAAGAACAAAAUACAGAUUUUGCUGAAUGAGAAGAGAGAACAGCUGGUGGAGCAGACUGAACUGCCAGCAUCCUAUGUGGAGGCAAAGAGGCUCUGUGAAGAGGCCGGAAUGAACAUCUGUGUCCCCAGUGCCAAGCAACAGCAGGUUUGAAAUUCUCCAGCAGAAACUCAAACAUGACAUAGACCAGGACAAGAUCUCCCUUGGUGAGAAGUGGUACAGGAGGAGCGCUAAGUGUGCACAGCAAAUACACCACUAUUGCAUCUCAUCUGUAAUGUCCAUAGCAAUUGUGGACUGCAUUUUCCUCCUUUAGUUUGAUUUCUUUGGAUUGAAUAGGCUGUACUUUCACCUCGCCUCUCUCCAGCAAGUGUACAGUUUUGGAGGGACCCAGAGAAGUGCUGAUGCACAUCAAUCAAGAGCUGCUGGUCAUCCAGAAAGACUGUGCACGUGUAAAUUUGUACUUGUCCUGAUGGGUCAUCCAAAAGGGUUUCAUGGAGAUCAGUUCACAACAUUGGAAAGACUUUGAGACAAAGACUGUGAUGUAUUUUAUGCUCGGUAUUGGAUGGUCUUGUCCUUCAUACCCCACUCCAAUAGAAGAGACCUCCUUACAUUCCGCUUGAAAAGAUUAUUACCAUCAGUAACUGCUUAUCUAUUAUGUUCCAAGGCCAACUACGGGGUAUAAAUCUGUUCUGCAGAAUGAAUAGCAAAAGAAUGUUUAGCACAAUUCCUCUGUUUAGAUUUUGGUUUGAGUUUUGAUUAUUUUGGUUCUUUGGUUUUUCUUGUAUUCAUUUGAAAGUUUGUUAUUUAUUUGUUUUUGUUUUAUUCUUACAGUUGAUUCGCUAUUUUGAUAAGGAUAUAGACUGUAUAUAUUGACUACCCACAUCUGGUUACUAUUGAGUAAACUGGAUGUAUUCUUUUAAAUAAAACAGUGAUCUCAAA